GGUGUAGAACUGUGUGAGUGGCGCAACUAAUGGGGGGAGAGAUGGAUUUGGUAGGGCAACUACAACAACAAGCAGAAGAAUGGAUUACCACACUGGAGGAGGGAUGCAAGCAGAUGGAGACGAUAGUGAGGUUGCUUAUGCAGCAGCAGCAAGAAGGGGGGGAGAUCGAUGGGGGAGCGAUUUCGAUGGACCAAUGGUUGGAAGAUAGGAUUCAGGAGUUGUUAGAUAUCUUGUGGGAGCUGGAGGAGGGUCCGGAUCCCCGGCUCGAUGUCUACGUCGACUGGAGGUGGGAGGAUGACAGGUUGGCUGCUUGCAGAACCCUCUUCACAUUGGGGCGAGAUCUACGCAAUCAGUUGGAGUAUCUGUAUGGAUUGCUGGCAGAUGAAGAUGAUUGCUGCGAAAACACAAAUAACAGCAACAACAUCAGUUACAGCGACAUCAACAAUAGGGACGGUGUCAACAAUAACAAAGAUGGGGGGGACGACAUCCACGGCUGCAACAUAAUGGGAGCGAUACAGCAGGUGGACGAGGAAGAUAAUGGAGACGUCAACAACAACAACAACAACAACAACAAAAACAAAAACAAAAACAAAAACAAAAACAAAAACAAUGGUGCGCAUGGAUUGGGAUUGGGCGAAAUGGGCGAAGGGGGUGUGAAGGAUGUCAGUAACAUCAACAACGAUGGUGAGAACAACAACGGCGACAACGCCAACAACAACAACAACAACAACAACAACAACAUGAAGGUGGAAUUGAGAGAAGAAAGGGUGACGAACCGUGGUGAUGCCACGAUUGAUAGUGACGAGUAUAAGGGGGGAGAUGGUGAGUGGUGGGUUGACCUGAUGUCGCUUUCUUAUCAGGUCGUGGCAGAGAGGGCUGUUGUUGGUGGUGAGAGGAAACAUGCCUUCCAUGAGGCAGGAGAGGGGGAAGUGGAGUUGGGGCUACUGGCAACGACGGCAGCAGCGGCGGUGACGGCAACGGCAAAUACAGAAACUAAUACAGCAACGACAUCAACAACAACAACAACAACGAUCGACCUCGAAGCGGCGGUGACGGUAACAGCGGAAACACCAACAACAACAAUGAUUGAUGCUGACGGCGGUGCUUAUCCUCAUCAUGGCAUCGGCGACCAUGGCGAGAGGGAAGAUCCCCCUGAUGAGGCAGAUGAGUGCGGGGUGGAAUUGGGGCUAAUGGCAACAACGGUGGUGACAACAACAACAACGGCAACGGCCAGCGCCGCCACAACGAAAGCAGGAGAGCUAAAGCCAAUAAUAACAACAGCAUCAGGGAAGUGGGGGGCAGCUAGUAGUUUGGUUGGGCUGACGAGGUAGGAGUUGUGGUUGAAGGUGAGAAUUACCAUUGCUUCCCAUUCCUACCCGGUGUUUCAUCAUGUUGAUUCGUCUUUCAUUUUUUGGCACCGGGUGGGCGUAUAGGAUAGAUGACCUCCCCCUCCUCCAUUAGGAUGAUUGACUCUCAACUCUCAUGCCCUCAACUCUCAAUCAUGUGGUCCCAUGACGGGUUUGAUGAUUACGAGUAGGAUAGCUGCCGGUGAUUGAUGUUGCCCGGCCUGGGGGGCUGUUCGUCCCGUUGGUUAGCGGUGGGCUGAUUAGUGAUUAGUUGGCAGGAGGUCAAUCCUUCCCUGCGCAGGGAAGUAAUCAAUGCCCCUUGUUCGU